GGCGGCGCCAUCCCCGAGCUAGGAACUCGAAACCCCAGCUCCGAGUAGCCGGUCGUCCGCCUGUCAACCUGCUUCCCGCGCGACUUCGGGCACAAGGAACGUCAGCGCCACAAACUUGGACGAGAGAGGCUCUAGUGGUCGAGGGCUGCUGAAGAAAGUAGAGACGGGUGAAGAGUGAGCGACGCCUGAAGGAGACGUCAGCACAGCGCACCGGAAGCGGUCCGAGAAUGACGAGUGUGGCCUACCAUGCCUUUUCUCAGAAAGAGGCAAAAGAGUUCGACGUUCAGCACCCGGGAGCCCAGCGGGCCAAGGCCUUUGUGAGGGCCUUCCUGAAGCGGAGCAUGCCCCGCAUGAGCCAGCAAGCCCUAGAGGACCACCUGCAACGCAAGGCCGUUGUCCUGGAGUACUUCACUCACCGGAAGCGAAAGGAAAAGAGAAAGAAAUCUAAAGGCCUUUCUGCCAAGCAGAGGAGGGAGCUGCGGCUCUUUGACAUUAAACCAGAGCAGCAGAGAUACAGUCUUUUUCUCCCUCUACAUGAACUCUGGAAACAGUACAUCCGGGAUCUAUGUAACGGCCUCAAACCAGACACGCAGCCACAGAUGAUUCAGGCCAAGCUUCUAAAGGCAGACCUUCACGGCGCUGUUGUUUCAGUUACAAAAUCCAAGUGCCCCUCCUAUGUGGGUGUUACAGGGAUCCUUCUACAAGAGACAAAGCAUGUUUUCAAAAUCAUCACUAAAGAAGACCGCCUGAAAGUUAUCCCCAAGCUAAACUGUGUGUUCACCGUGGAGAUCGAUGGCUUUAUUUCCUACAUUUAUGGUAGCAAAUUCCAGCUGCGGUCAAGUGAGCGGUCUGCAAAAAAGUUCAAAGCCAAGGGAACAAUUGACCUGUGAGCUGUUGCUGCCUAAGGGGAUUAUUUAUGCCAGCCAAAGACUGGAAACAUCCACCUUUCAGGGAAGAGAUGGUCAGGCCAGUUCUGGUCAUAGACCACUUCCAGCCAGUUUAAAUCAGCGUUAAGGACAUUGAGUCAUCUGGGAAGAAGCACUGUACUGAGCACAGAAUUCAGGGACCAGAGCGAUGUGUCUUUAUAGAUGCUCUUGCUUUUAUAUUACUCCCAUGGAGAGAAAAGAUUGGCAGAAAGCACCAGGAUUAACACAAGUUGACCUAAAUAGUUUAUUUGGUUUUUCUUUUCAUACUUUUCUGUUUUCAGAAUGUUGUUUGAUAAAUCAGUAGUUUGUGUGAUAAUAAAAUAUGCAUGUG